AUGCCGCUGGCGGCGAACGACAACGGCCAGGCCGUACCGGCCGGCCUGCGGCAGCGAAAAAGCCUCCGACUGGCAAGCGGCCCUGCGCCGACGCCCUCCGCAGCCCGGAGUCCCGGCUGGUUCUGGAGCCCGCUUGGCCUCGUCGUUUUCCUAAGCUUCGCAACCCGCUUCUAUCGCCUACGGGAGCCGCCACACAUCUGGUGAGGGGCUGUGGGGUGCCAUGGUUACGAGGGCGGGGCUUAGAUUCGGAGGCGGGGCUUGUGGGAAAUGAGUUUCCAUGAACCCACUUCAUCAAAUGCGUUAAAUGUUACCUUCCGUUGAUAGUUACACAAAUACGCUUGUUUUUUAAAAACUGCCUUGAUAUUGUAAUUUUACUUUAAAAAAAAUUAAGGUGAGGUUUAAAUUGUAUUAAAUACAACAUAUCUAUUUGUGGCCCUUCCUCCAAAAAAACUCAGGGUGCCAAAUGUAAGUCCCCUUCACCAUUUUUACAUUGCAACAACCUUACGAGAGAGCUUAAGUGGUCCAACGUCCCCAAGUGCAGAUCUGCUUAGUGUUUUGUUUCAUCAUCACACUGAACAACUAGGAGUGGCAAAUACUGAUGUGAGCCAGAGGCUAACAGUCAUCUUUUUACUCUUUUCCCUUUCAUAGCUGGGAUGAAACACAUUUUGGAAAGAUGGGAAGCUAUUACAUUAACCGAACCUUUUUCUUUGAUGUCCAUCCACCUCUCGGGAAGGUAAAUAGCGAACACCAAUUCUUGCAAACUUUUGAGAUCUAAGAACAUUUCCUUGACUGCAGAACAUUCUCAUCCUGGUUCAGUUACAUCAUCUUUGUGUCUAAAUUAUGUCUUUUUAUUAGAUCAAGUUAGUGCUCUAAAAAGUUAUAAACUACUUCAUCUACUUCUGCUUGAAUAAGGUCAGUCCUCUUCUCUCUCUAGAUGCUGAUAGGACUUGCCGGUUACCUGAGUGGUUAUGAUGGCACAUUCCCUUUCCAGAAGCCAGGGGACAAAUAUGAACAACAUAACUACAUAGGAAUGAGAGGGGUAAGACUGUGGGGCUUCUUAAAUAACCAGAGGUCAUAUAUGGAGAAGACCUAGAGUUUCCCUCUUCUCACUCUCUGCUUCCAAUAAACAUAUGUUUAUGUUUCAAGAAUGGGUUUUGAUUCCAGGUAAUACUGUAAUCUCCAUUUCUAAAGCUGUACUACAUCUGUUGGUUGUACAGUAAUCUAACAUUUGGUAGGAUUCGGAAUGAGUAGAGAAGAGGAAUAAAAAAGCUAUGUGCAAUGUUCUUUUAGUUGUCUCAUAGUUUAUGAAACUAGUAACUUCAGUUAACUGCAGGGAGGAGGGAACCAGUCUUUGUCUGUCUGUCUGUCUGUCUGCCUGUCUCCCUCUCUAGCAGAAUUUUCUGUCAGUUAUUUUUAGUGCAGGGUUGUGUUUUCCUCAUGCCCAUGGAGGUAUCACUGUCAGCAGUUUUGACUCUCAAACAAUAUGACAUUUGGUGUUGUGGUUAGAGUUGUCAGACCAGGGUUCAAAUGGCAACUCAGCCAUGAAGCUCACUGGGUGACUUUGGGCCAGUCACUGCCUCUCAGUCUAACCUAUAUCACAGGGUUUUUUUGCUGGGGCGGGAUUAAAUGAAUAUGGGGGGAAACCAUCUACAUCACCUUGAACUUGUUUGAGAAAGGUGGGAGUGUUGCAAAUAUAGGGAAAAGGGAGAUAAUGUAGGUUAAGCUGUGGGAUGGUUAUAUUUCCUCAUCGUAUGGGUUAAUGGAAGCUUUAGAAUUAGUGGUACCUCGGGUUACAUACGCUUCAGGUUACAGACCCUGCUAACUGAGAAAUAUUACCUGGGUUAAGAAUUUUGCUUCAGGAUGAGAACAGAAAUCGUGCGGCGGCGGCGCAGCGGCAGCAGCAGGAGGCCCCAUUAACUAAAGUGGUGCUUCAGGUGAAGAACAGUUUCAGGUUAAGAACAGACCUCCAGAACGAAUUAAGUUCUUAACCCGAGGUACCACUGUAUUUGGGCAGAAGUGAGGAUGAAUGAAGGUAGGGUGGUGGAGGAUCAGAUUUGGAACUUUUCAUCUGUUUUAUCUUUAGAGGAAUAUUUCUAUCAUGAAAUCCUGACUAAACAUCAGGAAGAACUUUUGGACAGUAAGAGCUGUUUGACAGUGGAACAGACCCCCUCGAGAGGUUGUGGGCUCUCCUUCACUGGAGGUUUUAAAGCAGAGAUUGGAUGGUCAUUUGUUAUAGGUGCUUUAAUUGAGAUUCCUGCAUUGUAGGGUGUUGGACUAGAUGACCGUUGGUCUCUUCCAAAGCUAUGUUUCUAUGAGGGUGGAGAAUACUUAGCAGACUGACUUGAGUAUACUUGGCUAAUACUGUGUGUUUUUAAGGUUGGGUAGCAGCAGAGCUAAGGACAUGCUUUGUCAUCACCAUGUGAAGAGUGUUUCUCCUCUCUUUAUUUAGUUCUGUGCGUUCCUUGGUUCAUGCCUGGUCCCCUUCUCUUACCUCACGGUGCUGGAGUUGUCCAAAUCUCUGCCUGCAGCAAUGCUUACAGCUGCCAUUCUGAUUUUUGGUAAGCAUCCUCUUCAUGUUGCAGGGUUUGUUUCAUUAGUUUCUCCUGUUGGAAAACGAUGCUUAGUGAAGGAAUUGCUCCUCAGAAACUUUAGGUGCUCAUGGUCUCCUGUCGCAGAAGACCCUAUGUGUCAACAUCCUUAUUUAGUCACAGACUUGUGGGGAGUACCUGAACAAGCUUCUUGCCUUCAGUUUUCUGUCUUGAGAAAAGGCCUAGUAAUAAACACAGAGGAUUAUUGUGAGAUAAAUAUGAUUAGGGUGUAAAAUACUUCGAGUGCUUUAUACAUGCAAAAAUGUUUUAAGAGUCUGCAUAAAAACAAACAAAUGUUUUGAAUAUACAUAUGCCCUGGGUACAAUCAAAAGGGUGAAAAGUUUUCUCUCUUUUUGGUCCACAUUAUUUGGAAAGGAGAGAAUGCAGGAACAAAGAUGAGCUAUAGGAGCAUUUCUCAAGAGGGGACAAUUUUAGCUGAAGAAGAGAAGGGGCAGAUCUUGAAUAAGUGGAAAGUCGUGAUAGGAAAUGGCAUUGGCCUAGGUAAUGAGAGGUGGAGGAGGACAGGGAAGAGAACUAUCUUGGCUGUCUCUUAAUGCAAACCCAGGCCAUUGAGCUUGAGCUUCCACGGCUGCCUCCCACCAUGAACCAUCAUGGACAGAAUUGGCAGCAACAGCAGCAGGUAUGAUUUUAUGCUUAUGAUAAUAUUUUGUUCUCUUGUUAAUUAUGCUAUUUUAAAUGUGCAUCUUAUAUUUUACUUUCUUCAGUAAUGCUUUAUUCUGGAUUGUUUUAUUUACUGCUUUAAAAUGUAAAGCGCUUUGAGAUUGUUUUCCUAAAAAUACAGUAGAACCUCGACUUACCACUGCCCCUACCCUUGAACAAUCCGACUCGUGACCGCGGCAAACCCGGAAGACCGGGUUUGCCGCGAUACGUGCAGAAGCGGCUUCUGCCGACUGCACAUGCGCAGAAGCGGCUGCCGCCGACUGCACAUGCGCAGAACGGCGCUUCUCCCAGCAACUUGGAUCGACUCACGAAUGGACCUCUGGAAUGGAUUCCGUACGUGAGUAGAGGUUCCACUGUAUAAAGUGGCAUGAGAAGGAAAUGCAUAAUAAUAACAACAAUUAACUGAUGACCCCAAGCUAUAUGCUUUGAAGCCGAUAUCUCUGAUGGUGAAUAGUAUCUCUGACAGAGAAAUAAAUGUGUAGAUGAGGACGAGACACUUUGCAGGUAAUGAGUGAAAGCAGCAUAGCUGAUUUUGUACAUUCUGAUGUGUUCUUAUUGCAAUAAGAUUAAGCUUGACUAAGCAUUGGAAAAAACAACAACUUUUAGAUUGUUUUUAGAACAACAGUUGAUAUGGUUUUGUCUUAUUUUUCCAGAUACAGGUUUCAUUACUCUCUCUCAAUACAUUCUGCUAGACCCCAUUCUGAUGUUCUUCCUCAUGGGAGCUGUGCUCAGCAUGGUCAAGCAUAAUUCCUGUGCAAACAGGUAAGGUGGCAGCAGUUUUUCAAGUAUGUGGCCCUUCACACUUGUGUCAGAAGAUUUAAUUAUAUGUUUGUUUUGCAUUAUGUUGUGAUUCUUAUCCUGCCAACUUGGCUCCAAAGAGUCCUCAGUGUAUUCAGUAUAUCAUAAAACAACUCAAAACAGCAAUAAAAUCCAUUAUUAAGAAAUAAAAGCACAUAAUAUAUAAUAUAUAUGGCAGACAAUUGAACAAAGAAGGUCUCUCCCAAGAAGCAUCAUUUAAUAAUACCAUAAUGUACAGGGAUAGUAGUUCAGUGGACUUGGCAGUAGAUUCCUGUAUUCAGGAGCAGAGCCAUAGUCAGUAUGGUAGCAGUGAUUGGCAUUAAGGUACAGAUGAUUGCCCUCCCCUCUAGUGUUGCAUUCACAAAUAACAUGCAAGUACAUGUGUGAUAGUGAUGGCUCCAAAAGGCUAGGGCCCUGUCUGCUGCCUGGUGUGGUUAUUCUGAGCCUUCUGGGCUAUUGUAUUGACUUUCUUAACAGCAGGAGGUUGCCAGGAUAGUUUUCUUUCUGUGUGAUCAGUUGAAUUGCUUUAGAUCAGAUUUUAGCACUGCCUCAUUUUUAGGGAGAGCGCUUCAAGAAUAGGUGAGGAACCAUUUUCAGCCGGAAGGCAACAUGCCCUUCCAAACAUGGGGGCAAAAGUGUUUGGAACAAGGAAGGUAAAUGUGUUCUGUUUCUCCAUUGGAGAUACCUAGGUAUAAAGCAUAUCCUGCCUUAGAUUUACUUCAGGGAUCUCUAUUAAAAAGUUUAUUAUUCCAACAGGAAGUUUUUAAAAUGUGUUUUUCAGACCCUUUUCUGCUUCCUGGUGGUUCUGGCUCUGUUUGACUGGGAUAAACCUUGCUGGUGCAAUAGGCGUGAAAUUUGUUGGCCUUUUUGUAGUACUCCUGGUUGGACUGAACACUGUUUGUGAUCUCUGGGAGCUGCUGGGAGACCUCAGUCUCUCACUGGUGAGUGUCUAGAAUUUUUACUAGCUUUCAGUGUUUGUGGGGAAAUGCAUCAUGAAAACAUUGUACAGUCGUACCUUGGAUCUCAAAUGCCUUGGCUCCCGAACAAAUUGGCUCCCAAACAAUUGAAACCCAGAAGUGAGUGUUCAGGUUUUCGAACAAUUUUCGGAAGUUGGACAUCAAGUGCAGGAGCUUCCUGCAGCCAAUUAGAACCCAUGCUGUAGUUGCUUCAGUCAGCCAGUGGUUACUGUAUUGGAGCCAAGUGAUGACCAUGACAGAACAUAUUUAAAAACUGUCUGACAAUCUAUAUAAAGCAUCCUUCUGCAUUACACAUUAAAAUAUUGCUGUUGUUCAUUCAAGGAGACUGUUGUCCCCUGAGUUGUUCUUGUUUUCAUUUCGACUUUGCACUGAGUAGCCUAAGGUUAAGCAUACACUAUAGAGUUCUGCAAAUAGUUUUUUAUGAGAAAAUGCUGCUAGAUAGAGGCCUUUGAUUUGCUGUAUCUAAUGUGCUGUAAUGGGAAACCUGAAGUUGUUUUGACCUUCAAUACGACGAUACAGUUCAUAGUCUGCAGAUUAGAUUUUGGCAUACACAAUGCAUUAUUCCUAGUUACCGGUUUAUAGCUGUCCUUAUGGGUUUUGCAAGCUCUGCAAGUUGAGCUACUUUUCUGAAGAUGAAACUUCAGUCAGUUCAUUUUUCACAAAGAGGAUUUUUUCCAGACUUAAAUAACUUGUCAAGGUAGCAGCUGAAUUCUGCAGUGGGCUUAAAUUAUUUUUAGCCUGCAUUUAGAAGUCAUCAAUUAUGACACAGGCUGACCUUGGUGAUAAAUGCUAUUAAAUCUGUGUCUCAUUAGCAGCAAGGAAAUUGGCUUUUUGCCAUCCAUAAUGCUGUUUAUUCAAGCCUAUCUUAGAGGUGCUAUUAUUCUUCUGGGGUCAGCUUCUCAGAUUGUUUGAAGUUACAAAAUCCAAUUUAUUCCACCUACUAUCCUUUCUAUAUAGGGUAAACAUUCUUUCUGCCAAGAGGUUUGCCUCUCCUGGUUUAAAUAAGUGUAGUCCAAAGACAUAGAGUAUCAGCUUCUGAAAAGGUCUGCUUCUAAUGUCAGGUCAGUUAAUUACAUUUGAAAUAGGACAAAUUCAUCUUCCUUAAGUCUCCUGCCUGCAGAUGGCUGCAGGGUAAUUAGAGUUGUGCCAUUGCCAGCAAAACUCUAUGAGUCUUAACAAUAUGCAAAUAAAUGUACUAACUCCACAAGAGGAAUUGAUGGAGUAGCCAAUUGGUGCAGUCCUUAUAGCUUGCUUGGUUAGGUGUACUCAAGAGAUGUGUAUAACGAAACCUGCCUAAAUGGUGCUGCAACUGUUCUGAAUUCUUUGUUGCAGGUCACUCUGGGGAGGCACUUCCUGGCUCGUGUGCUCUGCCUCAUUAUGCUGCCACUUGCUCUCUAUACUGCUAUGUUUGCUGUUCAUUUUGCAGUGCUAAAUAGAAGGUAUUUCUCAUCACUUUUCUGUCAGAAAGAAACACACAUAUGACAACAUUAGCUCAAUUCAGGCAUUGUGCCAAACCAUGCUUAAGGAAGCUUAACUGAUAAACCAUAAUUGACAAUUGGCUAGCCAGUGGGUUUGAAGCUUGAGGGUAUCGCUAGAUAUUUUUCAGACUUUUGGCACAAUGUUUGAAUUGACAAACAUGAAAGCAGACAAGCUCUGUAUUCUAAACUAUGGUGUUGUUUGGUGCAAUGUUUGAAUUGAGCCAUAAUUCUAAUGAAGUUGUAUUUUUAUGCAAGGCAGGCAAGUCAUGGUAAUAGCUGUUUUAGGAAUUCUACAUGGUGUUCCAGCUCUGUUUAGUUAUGCCUCAAUAUUUAACCUGAUCCAUGUAUACAUUAAUUUCUGUGGAGUCUUGAGUGUAGACCUGUGUCUUCAGACAUGGUGGCUUUAUCAUCACUGACCAGUUAGCAUUUGAGUGACUGGAUCAGGCAUGGUUGUUUCAUGAUUUUGUUGUGGACACUUGUCUACCUCUUAUGUUAUAUUGUCCUUUACUAAUAAAUAAUGGAAAGAAGACUGAAAAGUGAUUGUUUUAUUUUUUAAAAAAAAAUCUGUCACACUUUUCAACAAGUGGUAUUAGCCAAAGUACUUGAGCCAAUGUUGGCUUUGCGAUUCACCAGUCAGUUUUCUGGGUGAUAGGCAUGUUGAAUUCAGUGGUUUAUGCUGUGUAUGACUUUGCUGGAUAUUGGUCUCUGUCAAAUACCACUGACCUUCUAAAAUGACAAUAUUCACCAAGCUUCUGACCACAGUAUUUACUCCCAUUUUACUGCCUAGGCCUGUUUGUCAUGCUUAAGAAUAAGCCGUUAACCCCACUAGGGAAGAAAAGUGAUGGGCCAGUAAAGUUCUAAUCCUGCAGGUCAGCAUGUAAGUUUGAGGUACACAAACUUGUCUGGGGGGUGUUUUAGGAAAUACUCAACCAAAUAUCUCACUUAAAUUAGGCUUUCCUCAGGAUUGUUUACUUGCAUUGUACUUGGGCACAAUUGAUCACUUAAUUGAUGUAAAUCUGAAGGUAGCUGAAGGUUGCUUGUGUGUCAGCCAAAUGACCCAGAUUUUUGUAGAUAUCAAAGGAAUUGGGAACAUCCUGUGCGCUGACAGGCCAGUGCUGUUAUGUUUCCUGCUUAUUAAAUUAUAUGCUUAAAACUCUUUCCAUUUGUCUCCACGCACGCAUAAUUUACAUACACUUGGUUUUUCCCCAGUGGACCUGGUGAUGGUUUUUUCAGCUCUGGAUUUCAGUCUCGGCUGAUUGGAAACAACCUUCAUAACAUGUCUGUUCCAGAGUGUGAGUAUCUAGAUACUUGAGGGAACCAAUGCUCUAAUGAACACUCUGUAUCCAAGCAAACAAAAAACUCUCCUGUGUUUUUAAGAGAACACAGGGUGGAUGCUAAAGCAAACGCAAAGUAUUUGUCACAUUUUUUUUGCUCUUUAGUGUGUUUGGAAUGGUGAUCUGAACCACCUUGGAAUUAUUUCUGAACAUUUUGAUCUUUGUCACUUGUGGGUUCGGAGUGGAAAGUUUAGAACUGAGCACAAGUGUGGCGGAAGCAUAUAAAAUGCAUAAUGAGAGAGUUGAUGGAACCUCAAAAGAUGCAAAAAACAAACGAAUGGAACAAUAACUUUUAAUUAUAUAUUUCCGUAUUGGAAUAAAACGAGUUGUAGUUCUUGGCACCACCUUGGAGAAAUCCUGAUCUGCUAAACUAAAUUGGCAGACUGUGUCUGAAGCCAGUGUAAAUGUGUGUCAUCUUGAUUCAGUAGUCUCAUGCUAGUGAUCUCCCAACGGGCAUAUUUUCUUUGUAGGGUGAGACUGUUGCCUAACAGCUGUUGUGCUACCUGAACCAUUCUAUACCCUCUGGUUACAUUAAAUAAGUGGCACUUGGUUACCAGUACAGUUAACAGAGUUUUGGGGAAAUGUGGACCCCUAUUGUACCCAAGCAGCAGUGGUGGGAGUGCAGAGAGGCAGUGAUAAUUGGGGGGAUAAAUUGUUGUCACUGCACCUCCUUCACUUCAGCCUAUGAGCUAAGGAUGUGCUGUCAGAGUGUUUCUUCUGUGGUUAUUUGAUUCCCCGUUCCCUGCACAACAGGAAGAAAAAGCAAAACAUCUAGAAAGAAUAAGAAACAUGUGAUUUAAAAUCUGCAGAAAUCAACAGGAAUAUUUGGGGGCAGGUGGAGUGUGUGGGUUUCUGAUGUUUUUCCAAGAAAAGUUGGCUGUAUCUGCAAAAACAAAUUCUGGAAUUAUUUCACCUAAUUAAUGAAGUCACAUAUAUUUUUAAAAUACUGUUAUCUUCUUAAACCUAAAAGAUUGGUUGCAGUAUUCUGAAAUAACGUCUUUGAAUGCCUCCCUCAUUGCUCAAAUUCCACAUCUUAAAAUAUCUGCUUCUAUAUCUAUGAGAAUUUGAUUUCCCAAUGGAUUUUGUAAAUGAUGGUAAAUGACACUGCAAGUUUUUUGGUUUUUUUUAAUGCAAGUCAAUGUGGACUAGUGAAAGUUCAGCUUGUCUUGAAAUAGCAGCUGCAGUCACAUCAGACCAUGAUGGCCGCCACAUGAUGAUUCUGUGGUGGCAGCAGUUUCACAGCACAGUGGAAUCUUGGUCAUGAUUAAUGACUGUGUAUCCCGCACCCUUGUGGCUGGUUUUCUGCAAGCAUUUCCAGUACACAGGUGCCAAUAUGUUUUACUUACUCACAAAAUUAUACACCGCCCUCUUCCAAAACAUCACGGUAGUAUAUAACAACAUAAACACAUUUAAAAGCAAUACAAAGCAAUCAUUAAAAUGACUGGCUACUUGGGACAUUUUGGAUAACCCCAUAGGCCUGUUGCCAUAAGAGAGGCUCCAAGAGGUGUCUGAAAGGAAGAAGAAUGGGGGGGGGGGUGGAAGGAUGUCUGUCAAAUGUUUGCUGCAAGAGCGUUCCACAGCAUGGGACCAGUAACACUAAAUGCUCAACUCCAAGUGAAGGCUGUUUGCACCUCUGUAACACAGAGGACAACUAACAACACAACUUAUUUGUGUUCCAUUUGCAAUACCGUCAUAGGUGAACCACCUUAUUAUUAUUUUUUUAAUGAUAUUUAAUAGAAGUUUAAAAAUUACAGAAAAAAGAAGAAAAGAAAACAACAAAAAAUUUAACAAGACAUACAUUACAAUGCAUAAAAAAAACAUAAAAACCAAUACUACAAUACAGCAAAAAAACCAAUAACAUUAAAACACACAUCCAAUAUUCCAUAUCUUUAUCUUUCAUUUACUUGUUUCAUCGACCUCCUCACACCUCCCUUUUUGUAUUCUAGUUUAAUUAAUUGUUUCAGCAAAUUCUUUCCAUCUUUCUCAAUUUUUGUUGAAUAAUUUAUCUUAACGGUCUAACCUAUUAAUUAACUCAGCAAAUCCUUUCCAUCUUUCACUAUAUUCUGUCAUUCAAUUUACCUUAAUUUAUUUUAGCCUUAUCUUACCAUAAAGUACCUUAAAACUUAAUACUUAUUUAUACACGACUCCUUAUAUCAUUUCUACUAAAGCCAAAUAGUUUCAUUCCAACAUUUUUCCUAAUACUCAUUAAUUUUACACUAAUUCUCAAAAUAAAUUUUUAAAAACUUUCUUCCGAUCUUCAUCCAAUGUCUCUUCUUCCUGGUCUCGGGUUAUGUCAGUCCUUACUGUCCGUUCCAUCUAGUCCAUCAACCUGGCGAUCUUGUGUCCGAGGCUCUUAAGUCUUUUCCAUGUCCCUUCUGCAGAUCUUCUUGUUUAUACCUGCACUUUACCUUGUCUUUUGUUGAUCUUUUUCUUAAUUUCUUUCCUUUCUCAUUGAGGAGUAGGUCUUGGGGGGACUCCAACCCAACAAUAUCUCCGUCUCCCCUCAACAGAUCAGCCCAUUCUGCACAGUCAGCACUGUAGUCCAGAAAGUAUUUAAAAGCAUGUUUCAAAGUCCCUCCAAAGUUAAGAGCCCCCACAACUCGAGACCCCCCCGGCCCAAAAUCAAAUCCCGAAAACCAAAACGUCCCUGCCUAGGGGGAUCCAUCCCACUUCCCAUCUCCCAACCAAACGAUACUCCCUCUCUCCAUAUCUGACUUUCUCCAGGUUCAGUCUUCAAAAACAGCAGCUUAUGCUCCUGCAGGGCCUCAGGUCUCUCCAUUUGUGUUACUUGAGGUUCAACAGCAACCUCCUCCAUUAUCUUCUGCACUUGCACUUGCCCUGUCAAAACAGAUUCCUGGGUUGGUUCCUGAAUGGUUUCUCUAUGAGUAUUCACUGUUUGUCCAAAGUUUUUGACUGCAACAGUCAUCAAAUCCAUCUUCUCAUGCAGCUGCUCCAACAAAGCGCUUGUCUUUUGAAUUCAAAAGGCAACAUUGGAAUCAAUAUGUCUCUCUUUUUUAACUAUCUGUCAAAAGACGUUCCAUUCACAGUCAAUGAACUUCCCCAAAAAUUUCUGUCUCUGACACCCCGUUCCCAGGUUUGAGACGGUGGAAAUUUAUCUUUCUUUACUCUCUCUCCUGCAGGCUUGAACAAUCUAAGAUUCCCCCCCUCUUCUCCUGCUUCCAAGAGGGGUUUUGGUGGUUAUAACUGAUGGAAAUUUAGUCCUUUAUAUACGACUUUCCAGACUUUAGCUUGCAAAAUUUUUGCUUCAGUCUACUUACAAAAGCGGAAGGCGGACUUCCUGUUUAGAACCUUCCCGCUUCGGUGCCAAAUUAAAAUGUUUCGUAGUCCAAUUUUCCAUUCUACUCACGGGUACUUGUUUAGAGUCCAAUUGUCCACAGGAAAAAGUCAGCGCUCUCCGGCAACGGCUGUGCGGCUUCACUCCGUAAAAGUAGCGGUCGAUUCAAAACACCGCGCCGCUCACCCCACGUCGCUUCGGAUCCCCGAAAAAGGGUUUCCCUGCGAGUAGGGGAGGCGCUCUUGGUGUCAGCCGAAUCCCACGUUCCCAGGCUUCCUCCACCUGGGAUUUUUGAAGGGUAUUCGCCUUCGCCGCGGCAGCAAGACCCGAUUUUCACGGAGCGGGUUCCGAUGGCGCUAACCCGGAAGUUCAUAGGUGAACCACCUUAAACCAUUGCUCUCUUCCUUUAGACUUGGCAUAUGGCUCUGUGAUAACAAUGAAAAACCUUCGUAUGGCAGGCGGAUACCUUCACUCACACUGGCACCUGUAUCCUGAGGGUGUGGGAGCACGGCAACAGCAGGUCAGUGAAUUGUUGGAAUGUCACAUUUUGCUGGUGUUGCCGUAAGCCAUUCAUGUGACUAAAACACUGGAAAGGUGUCUGUGCACGUUUGCUUUUGAAGUUGGCAGGUGUAUAAGCCCUUCCUGUGUUGUUUUCAGACAUGGGAGUGCCUUGCAGAAAUACUUCUAGAUGGCUUAGAAGUCAAAAUCUGUCUGAGACCUGUGCUGUUUCAGCUGCUUCAUGUCCUCUUAGUACAAAUAAUGGUUGUUUCAUGUUCCUCUCUUGCUAUGGAUUUUUUCCAGCAUCUUUGCAGGCUGAAAGUCUCAUGUAGUGCUUGAGGAGAUCUGUUAGUAUUAUCGGUAGCUACUAGUCUUGAUGGCAGUAUCCCUUUGUAUACCCCUCACUAGGGAACAACAGCAGGAAAGGGCUAUUGGACUUAUGCCCUGCUUGUAACCUUCCCAGAGGCAUCUGGUUCGCCAGUGUGGUGAACAGGAGGCUGGGUUAUGGAUUAUCUAGGCUUUUUCCCUGUUCCCGCAGGUCUUGUACCACUCGCUUGCAGGACUGGAGUAGUUCACACAAUCAUUAGAAUACAAGUGUUCUCCAAAAGCACUUCCAUCUUAUGGCAGUGAUAUUGAACCCAAGGAGUCCAGGGUGAAUUCUUAGGAAGACUAACACAGGACAGGGGUGAGAAUAAGGCAGGGAGCAUUGCUCUAGACUUUGGCAGUAUAGAUUUCUGGUUCCAUGCAUUUCUUAAUUCAAAUAGAGUUGACUUCAAAUAUUAUAUUGUAUCACAGUUGUGUGCACAACACAUUGAUGUAAAAGCCUAUGUCCAGCACAGAAAUAACUGGUCAUUUGGGGGGUGAAGUGUCACAGGGUGGAAAUAACACCCCCAAAGUCAAAUAUGCAUCUUGGGUCAUACAUAGAUUUGGCUUCUUUGGAAAAUGCAUUUUAAAAAUGCAUUUAAAAAUACAAUAAAUCAUAAAAGCAGUAACUAUUCUGCUAUUCACAACAAACUGCAAUUGCUGUGUGUGUGUGUGUGUGUGUGUGUGCGCGCGCGCGUGUGUGUGUGCGUGCGCGCGCGUGUGUGCAUGCGCGCACGCAUUGGGUACAAACUUGGGUCAUUCAGAAAUGCAUAGCAUUGCCUUUGUAGUGAAUGCACAAAGACUAGACUGCUUGUAUUUUUGAAGGGAUGGAAUGCAAUGACUUCUCUGUGCUUCUAGGUCACUGCAUAUUUGCAUAAGGACUUGAAUAACCUGUGGAUUAUAAAGAAACACAACUUGAAAGCAGGUAACUUGAGAAUAAAACGGUGAAAUAUGUAACUGGUUUUUUCCUUCUUCAAGAUAAUUGAUCUCCCUUUUCCUUAGGAGUUUUAGUUUCUUUUCUAAAUCUGAGGGAUUACUUUAUUGGUUUGUUUGUUUGUUUGCUUGCUUGCUUGUUUGUUUGUUACAUUUAUAUUCUGCCUCUCCUCCUUUAAGGCAUUCCAAGUAGUAUGCAUCAUUUUCCUUCACUUAUUGUAUAAACUGGGCUGUGUUUGAUACCCCUCUGAGGCAGCAUAUUCAGUGGUACAUCUCUUCCUUGCUGAUGGUGCAUGGUCUACUGGGUUCUGGGUAAAGGGGAGUGUGGAUGCCAGUCUCUGCCCUUUCAUGUCUGUGGUCUUGUCUGUGACUAUGGAAGUAAGGGCAGCAUCUACUUGUUCUCAGGUCCUGUGGACUUGCCUGUCCUGAAUGGGUGCCAAAACACAGAACUUCAAGAUCUGUCUCCUAGUGCUUCUUUGUGAGUCUUCUCAAGACUGCCUUGGAGGGGCACACUUGCCACUUCUGUUUAUUUUUAUAAUUCAUUUUUUACAUUCAUAUCCACCUUUCUUCUGAGAAGGUCAAGGUGGCGUACAUAGGAUAUAGAAUUGUAGAGUUGGAAUGGACCAACCACCUGCAAUAAAGCAAUCUUUUGCCUAACGUGGGACUCGAACCCACGAGACUGGGAUUAAGAGUCAUAUACUGUACCGACUGAGCUAUCCCAACAAUUCAUGCUUUCUCUUCCUCCCCAUUUUAUCCUCACAACAGCCCUAUGAAGUAGGUUAGGCUGAGAUACUAUAGCUGGCCAAAGGUCACCCGAGUGAGCUUCAUGGCUGAGAAGAAAUUUGAACUCUUGUUUCCCAGGUCCUAGUCCAACCACUCCAGUGAACUGUCUUGUGCCAUGUCUAGUGGCAGAUUAGAUCUGAUAUAUAAUAAACUCGGUUCCUUAUUGUGGGGAGGUCAUUAUACAAGGUUUUUGCAAGCUUUUUAAAUAGUCCAGUAGCGCUGGAAGGCAAGUUUUGGAGCGCCUGCCUCUUGGUGGCAUGGGCUAGGGACGGCAACAUAGAUGAAUUGGAUAAGCAUUUGAGGUUGUGUUUUUGGGCAGUGGCAAAGCUGGCCCAUUUCAAAGUAUAAAAUAAAAUGUGCCUCCUGAUCUAAUCCUGCGGUGCAUCUACAGCAUAAUACUCCCCUGAGAGAUGCCCAGAUUUAUCUCUGCUGCCUGCUGUUUCAUCAGUUUAACAGAUGGUUUAUAUACUUUCAAAUUGAAAUAUAUUAGUGCAAAAUUAAAUCGUAGUUACCCCUUUUGUAUAAAAGUAUAAACACAAGAGACUCAGAUCCAAGUUAGUAGUUGUGUAAUCUAGCUGAAUUAAAGUCUGGUCAGAUCAGAAUGAAAUAUUUCAAAAGGAAACUUGUCUUUAGUGCUGAACAUAGCUCCUUGUUCAUCUUGCUGGUUGUGGCCACAGUUUGAAUGUUCAGGAAUUUUAAUGUUUUUCUAACACUUGCAUGCUGUGGCAUCCUAGGAAGAGUGCUGUCUUACUAGCGAUACAUUUUGUUUGCUGUUAGAGAAGCUUUUUAUCAUAAUGAUAAUGUUGGAAAGUCAUUGGAAAUAUUUCAGGGUUGUUGUUUUUUGUAUUUGAACUAGAGAUGUUGGAAAGAUGAUAUUUUUAUGAUGCUUUCCUAGUUUAUUUGAUAUUGGCAUUCUUACAUCUUUUCCAUCAGCCUCAGAUUUCAUGCUGUGACCUCUUCUGUUUCACCAGAUCAUUCAGAUGCUUCCCUCCCUGUGGAGUUUGUAAGGCAUGGAGACGUUAUCCGUUUGGAACACAAAGAGUAAGCUGUUUAGGAAAUGUGAGGAUUGCUAAUUGCCUGAAGUAGCAAUUCUGGUUGAGUAUGGUAAUAGAUAUCUGGUCUGCCAGUAACUACACCAUGGUUAGAACAGACCUUGUUGAUGACUCUCUCUUCUGUGUGCUAUCCCCUGAUAGUCUUUGAAGUGCCAUUAGAUACUCUUUACUUGCGCUAAGAAAUUAACUUCACUAGUAUUCCUGGAAUCUGCUACCGUGAGAGAGAAUGUGGACCUCACUGUAAAUAGUAAUCUUGACGUGCAAAUUUUGACAGAAGCAGGUGGCAACCAUUUUGAAAGGGGGUUCUGUUCCCGGCCCCUGUGCAUGUCAGCGGAGCACACAUAAGUUGGCCCCAUCUCGUUCCGCCCCACCCAACCCCCAUUCUUCUCCGCCCCCAUCCUGCCCUCUUCUGGGCCCAGAAGGACCCACACAUCGGCGAUCGUGUGUCAUUUGGACAUGCCUAAAAUGGUCACCGCCUGUAUACUUGGCAUAACAUCUCUAUAGUGUCACCAUAUUUAAUUGUGUUGAAGAUGACAGAAAAUGUUUGAACCAAGUUUUCUUUAAUUGAAAUCAACUUUCAGUGCUCAAACUGUUCUAGGGAUAAAAUCAAACAAUGUGAUUUUAUUUUAACUUUAGGACUUCUAGAAACCUGCACAGUCACCCUCAUGAAGCCCCCUUGACGAGAAAGCAUCUUCAGGUCACUGGGUAUGGCAUAGUAAGUGAACAAAGAAAAAACUUGAUUCUGCCCGCCCUGGAAUAUAGUCCCAGAACAAAGGAUUAUUUCUCCUUUUGGGGUUUUCUUUCUUUUAAGCUGCUCAAAAUCCAUGAUUCUUUCAUAAAAAAACAGGAAGCUGCAGUGUGAAUUUUUAGCUCAUAUUAAAAAAAAAACCCCUGUAUGAAAUGCUUGAGAUUAUUGGAGAAUACUGAGAGUGCCUCACCCUCAUAUAAACUACAGUGAUGUAACAUGAAAUACAAAAGCCAACCUGUGCCAGCGCUUGACUUCAAGGAGUUACGGCUCUUUAAACAGCAUGACUGAGUUUUAUUGUCUUCUGCACUUGUUAUGACCUAUUGGUGUCUAGGUUGAAGGAUGUACAACCAUUAACCUUUAUGAAAAGAUUUUUUUCUUUCAUUCUUGUGAGGUGAAAAAGUGUAUUGUGGUAAACCUUUUCAGCAGUCGACUAACAGUUCUGUGUAACUUUUUAAUCCAAAUGUGGGGUGGGAGUGGGGGAGCAGCAGUGCAGUUUAUUUAUUGGCCCUAAAAAGUGGAGGCAAAAAGAACAGCAGAAACAUUGCAAUGUUUUGCACACCACAGUAAACCAAACUGUGGUCUACUGGGACAGUGCUGGCUCACUCGCACUCACUGUGCUACUGCUUUUAACACAGUGCAGUAUGGCAGGUAACACAAGUUUUGACAUAGCAUGUUACCCCAGAUCGUGGUUAAGGUGUCUCCUCCUUAAUUAUAAUCUGCAACCAUAAAACAAGCCUUUGUUAAUAAACCAAGAUGAUCAAAGUGGCUGGAGCAACUCCCCUAUGAGGAAUGGCUACUUACUGCUGCUGUUUGGAUAGGGCAAUGCUGAAGGGCCUCAUUAGCUCCUCACAAGUACUGCUACUGCCUUGAAGCUUCAGAAACCGAAUUCCUCUCUCAUUCAUAAUAGCUCUUCUUUGUCUCUGUGUGUGUCCCCCCCUUUUUUCUUGGUAUGCACAUUUCCUAGAAUGGAACUGGAGACUGCAAUGAUUUCUGGCGAAUUGAGGUUGUGGGAAGAAAGACUGGGAAGCGUAUCAAAGUGCUACGUAGUCGGAUCAGGCUGAUUCACGUGGCUACAGGUUGCCUCUUGGGUUCAACUGGGAAGACGUUGCCAAAAUGGUAAAUAUCCAGGAGUCAUUUUUCAUGGAAUUCUUGAGCCUGAAGGGACCUCCAGAGCAAGACAGCACAUAUCCUUCUUGAUUUCCUCCUUUUUAAUAUGUGAUUCAGUGCAUUUGGGGCUGCAUUGUAGAAAACAGAUGCAUUGCUGAAGGCUCUUCUGACGCUUGAGCUUGGGAUGAUUUAAAGUGAGUGACCAGUGUCACGUGCAGCAGGAACGGCAACAUUGUCUUUACUCUUUGGCUUUUGUCACUUGAAAUAUCUGUUUUCAGGAUCCAUGCUGUUCUUGUGAUGGAAAUUUGUUUUAAACUGUUUUUAAUAAUGUGUUUUGAAAUUGCUGUAACCUGUUCUGGGACCUUAUAGCGAAGGACAGGUAAGAAGAAGAAGAAAAAGAAGAAUUUGGACUUGAUACCCCGCCUUUCACUCCCCUUAAGGAGUCUGAAAGCGGCUAACCAUCUCCUUUCCCUUCCUCCCCCACAACAAACACUCUGUGAGGUGAGUGAGGCUGAGAGACUUCAAAGAAGUGUGACUGGCCCAAGGUCACCCAGCAGCUGCAUGUGGAGGAGCGGGGACACGAACCUGGUUCACCAGAUUAUGAGUCCACCGCUCUUAACCACUACACCACGCUGGCUCAAAACAUGCGCAUUCCUUCCUGCUAUGACUUGGAUUCGAACCGAGGUUGCUGUGGCCACAACACAGAGUACUAACCACUAUACGGCAAGCUAUGCAGGAAAUAAUAACAAUCAUAAUAGUAAUAAGACAAGCCCCAUUGCAACCAGCUCACUGUCACUCCAGCAUGGUAAUGAGUUCUUUUCUAGUUCCAAAUAUGGUUGUCUGUCAUAUCCCUGAGUAUGAGGAAAACACAUCCAUAAAAUCUUUUCAAAAUGUGUUUGAGAGCAUUUCCAUGACAUCCAGUGUUCUUUUCCUGAUUGCACUAUUCAUUUUGCCUGCAAAGUAUUCCUUUAUUUAUCUAUCUCACACAGCUGCCAUCACUUGUUAGGGAUUAUUAUAGCUAUUAUUAUACACCCACCUUGUGGUCACCAAACUGUCAAAGGAUUAGCUACUCUUUUCCCACUUCACUUCAACUCUUACACUCAUUUACUUAUUUGUUCAAACCUAUUUCCCCUUCUGCCACCGUAUAUAUUUAAAUGACUGGUUAAUAAUAAACCUCAGAUCACUCACCAGUAGCUGUGGCAAAAAGGUGUGAGGCACCACUUAAAAGCAGAACAACAAUGUAAUAUGCGUUUUAGCUUUGAUUAACAAAUAAUAAAAAUGAAGGGUUAUGCUUAGUUUGAAAGGUUACUAUAUAAUGAACUUACCUUGGCUACUGUUACUUUAAAAUAACUGUCCAUUCUUCCAGGUUACUAUGUUACUGCCACUUUAAAAAGAUACCACUGGGAGAACCAUUUCCUCCUCUCCUGCCCCAUUUAAACGAAGAGCCAGAAACCUUUUUCUUGGCCAUCAUGCUCUGAACACUCUCAGGCUUCAACCCAGACCCCUGCCAAAGUCUUUAGCAGGACACAGCAACCACAUUUACCUAAGGCAGUGCACAGUGCCUGCAGACCCGUGGCUUCUAAGUGCCCUCUUGGGACCUCUCUGGCUCAGUGGGGCGAGGCAGAAUGUCCACUGUAUUGUUCAGCAUAGCCCCAUAUCUGUCUGCCUGUUCCUUUUUGAGCACAGUCUUGUUUCUUUAUUAAGAAAUAGGACAAAGUAAUUGAAUAUUAGGGCCAAAGCCCAAAUGUCGCUUAUCUUCUGUCCCUCAAUUGUGCUGCCUUGUAGGUGUUUGUUUACUGUAAAAGUCCUCACUAUUAAUUUGGAUCCUAAGAUAAGUUAAUUUAAGGAAGUUCACAGAUGGAAGGAUUUUUGCCCCGUCCUUUUCCCUGUAGCCACCUGCAGCCUCCAAAACACCUUUCCAGAGGUUGGGAGGGGGACCUCCUGAGCAAUGUAGAAUCAGGCAUGUGAUAUAGCAGGAGGAGAAGGCAGGAAUCUUAAGUGAAGUUCCUUAAAUGAACUUGCCUUUUAUAUGCUGUGUGAGAGAAAGCAUCAGUUAACUUCUAGCAGUCAUUUAUUUCUCUUUUAUACAUAGUGUUUCUCAGCUAUCCUUCUUACGAGUUUUAGUUGCCAUGCAAUUGUCUGUACUAAAAGCUUUGUAAUAGCAGAAAAUUCUCCUCUGAAAAUGUUUGGCUUAUUUACUUGCCAGUUCACAUGUUUUGAACAGUCAAUAUAAUUGCUCUCUAACAAAAAGGAUCAAUGGACUUUUUUGUUGUGGAAGUUGCUAGGGAAGAGCAGGUGCGGGGAACAAAAAGCUCUUCUGAAUGCUUUGGCUGUCCUCUGCCUGCACAAUGGUGUAUAUGUGUGCUUCGGUCUCUAUGUAAGUGGAUCUGCUUGUCAAGGCUGAACUCGUAAAGCUGUCAAGCCCGGACAUCUUUUAGCUAGAAAAGCAGUUAACCUGAAACCAUUGUGAUAAUUGAGCAUUAGAAAAUGCACUCUUUCAUUCCAGGUCAUUCUACUUCAGGAACCAGCAAACUAGCAAGAGAACAAUGUACUUAGAUAAAACCAAUUUUAAAAUAGUUUAACAAGACAUAUAAACACAAGAAACGGGAACUGUUGCCUAGUAAAGAUUAAAUGAGUGUGAGGAGCAGGGAGUGUGGUUUGGUUUCCAGAGUAUUCCUCAUGUAGCAAGAGCCUGGCUGUUACUGCAUAUACAGUUUACUAUUUCCUCACUUGACAGCAGAUUGUUCCUCUUAGUAGGGUCACCAUAGAUGUGGGCUAUCCUAGGUCUGUUUCUCACACUUUACAGAUGUAAAAUUAUUCCCAUGCCUUUGAAAGGAUGCGUGAGUCUUCCUUUGAAAUGGGGGGUAUACAUUUAUGGCACCCUGCCAAAUAUGUAAAUCACCAAGGUACAGUUUCUAAAGCUUUUCUUUAAAAAGUGUGAGCUAGAUGCAUAUUGCCAAUUCUAAUCAUAUAACUUGUUUCUUCUAUUUUUUUAAAAAGGCCGUGUCCAGUGCUUGUGUAAACAAGGCCACUGUUUGAACUUAAAUGUUUAAGUCAGUGCUUUUGUUUCUGGGGGGAUGCAGGGGUACACAUACCCCUAAACAUUUUGUGAAUCUAAAUUUGGCCUCAUUGAGGGGCAGUAUUUCAAUAUGAGUUGGAAAAUGAGAGUUCCACUAAUUUUAUUUUAUUUUUAGAAAAAAAAGCACUGGUUUAAGUUAUGCAACUAGAACAUAAAUAUAUGUAUUUAUAUGUAUGUGUAUCUAUCUUAGAGGAUGGUGGUGAUGAUUUAUUAAUUUUAUAUACUGCUUAAUUGCCAAGGUGGCAUCUCAAUGAUUUACAAGUGUAAAACACACCUAAUUAAACACACAAACAAUUUCAUCAAAGCAUUAAAAUAAACAUCCACAAUUAAAAUAUAUCAGAGAAUAAGCCCAUUAAAACAGCACUACAAUUAAAACAGUUACAACAGCAAUUCAAUAUGACUUUUGAUUCCCUUAGAUUGUCUUUUGGUUCAGUGUGAAUUCUGAAAGGCCAAUGUUUCUGUAAGAAAAGGGUCUCUGACACAAAGAGAUGUUAUGGAAUAUGAAUGCAAGUUGGGAUAGACAAGUUCAGAAGUUUUAUUGAUGACUUACUGAUGGUUCUUGUUUCACAGGGGCUGGGAGCAGGUAGAAGUCACCUGCACUCCAUAUCAGAAGGAGUCUCCUAAUUCUCUCUGGAAUGUUGAAGAUCACAUUAAUCCCAGGUGUAUGUGAUUGAAUGUACCUUUUUGUCAUCAAAAUAUUAAGAUUUCCCCUCCCCUUCCUAUUGCUUGUCGAUUUUGAAGAGGGAAAGCUCCAUAAAGCAAUUGAAGCAAAAUAUUAAGAAUUAGAAUUCCUGAAUAAUUUCCCCAAUGACUGGAUUUAAGCAUGUCUUUGUUAUAUAUACAAGGAAGCUUCUUGAGAUUCUAGUUUGACAUUUUAGUGCACAGCAGGAAAAAGUGGGGGAAAGAUGGCUUUUCAAGGUAUCGUGUUUCAUGGGUUUAUUGUCCUUUUUUUAAAAAAACACACCAACAACCACCUUCUGACCUUUGCCCGCACCUGGGACCUAAUUUAAUGCAGAGGGAAUGUCUAUGUAUCAUUAAUGUAUGUACUUAAUCAACAUAUGAGAUCCCACUUUAAACUGUCUUCUUUUCCAUAGUGCCCAAUAUCAGUUUGGAUGUUCUGAAACCUUCCUUUCCAGAGAUUCUGCUCGAGUCUCACAUGGUUAUGAUCCGAGUAGGUAGACUGGCUUGGGUUCCAUUUUGUUUGUAACUUUCUUUCCUUUGUAGAAAAACACUCCUUUUAUUUCUGCGUUAACUGUGCCAACUUGGGUACUAUCUGGAAUAGAAGAAGCAUUAUGGGGUUCAGCAGGUUUAUGUUUAAUAGUGCAGUUCUCAAGACAUCUUGUGUGAUCAGUGAGGGUACUUCACAAAUCUCUGGCAUCCAUCAAAUAUGGGGAAGACUGUGCCAAUAAAUGAAGGAAGAGACAUAUUGUGUGUGCUAUUGAUAGUAUGCUGAUAUAAGUAAUAAAGCCACACAUUUUUAAAAGGUAUGUGCAGCUCUUCUGCAUUUUUCAUGUGUGCGUGAGAAUGCUUAUGGAUCAUAGCUGUCAACUUUUCCCUUUUUUUUAAGGGAAAUUCCCGUAUUCCGAAUAGGAUUCCUCACAAGAAAAGGGAAAAGUUGACAGCUAUGUUAUGGAUGAAGGGAAGAGCUGGGCCCCUGGAGUAUUGUGUCCAGACAGCUCCUCGCUAUUUGAGACCACCAGUUAUCAUUGUGUCCAAGAUUUUUGUCAUCCUGAUUCUGACUGAGAGUCGGAUUAUUCUGAGAUGUUAAGAAACGUCCUUGUGUAGGCGUAAAAUUUAUCUGAAGCUGUCAAACGUAACAGCUGAAGAAAUAAAAAACUAGUAUUAACUCUCUUUCAUAGCAAUGCUAUUAAUACGUUCCUCUCGACAAGGAAGCGACAUUAUUUAUAUUUGUUGAUUUUUCUAAAAAGCAGUUACCAAAAACAACAACUCAGAACCCUCAAAGCUUCGCACACUGAGAUUGUAAGAAUAAUUCAAUUUAUCUAAACUAAAGAUAGUUUCUUUCCAGAGUGAAAGCAAACCCGGUGGGAUCUUGUGGGAGAUUUCACAAUAAAGGACUGUAGAGAUCUUCUCUUCAGGGAGGCUUCUGAACCCUUCCCCUUUGGAUAGUGAUCUCAUUAAAUUCUGUUGUGUGAAAGUUUUUAGGCUGCCUCCACUAGAGGGCAGUGUGAAUAUAUUUGACAAGAAAUAGAAGUACAUGUGUGCAUGCAUGAACACAGACUAGCUUUUGAGCAAAUGCUUGUUAAUGUCAUAAGGAUUGCCAAAGGUCCAUCAGUUCCAGCAUUCUGUCUCCAGUGGUGCUCUGCCUGAUGUCCCUGCAAAGCUCACACACACAGGGUUAUGAUAACCAUCUCUUGUUGUUCCUCCCCUCUGAGACAGAGACUGCCUAGAGAGAACAUACAUUUGAAGAAAAUAUUUUGCAUGGGAAAGAGAAUUGUUCUUGUAAACAUGAGUGUCUGUCUCAGGCUGUGUGCUCCAGCUCCAGCAGCCAGAUAUACAUAAUGGUUUUUAGCCAGUUUAAAUUAAAUGGCAAAGGCCCUCAAUGUACAAUCUGGCUAGAAUAUAGGUGGUUAACUGUGAACUGUGAUAAAUAAUUAGUAUAUACCCUUUUUAGUCUCCUGCCUUAGCCCUUCCUGUAGAUACUGAAUAAAAUCAAGUUUUGCAACAUGUUUAGCUUUCAUUAUUAUGGAGCUAUAGACCCAGUCCCUUGCCCUGCCAUGUGAACACAGAACCUAAUGCUUGUGUUUCUCUGAUUUUGCUGCAAAGAACCUCUGAUUUGAUUCAGCAUUGUUAUUUCAGGGUUUUGAAUGUUUGAGCUAUGGAACUUCUGCUGCUUAACCUUAGAACAAGCUAUUUCCUCAGACAUUUUUCUAAUAAGAAGCAGGUCUUUGAGAGACAUGGUAGCCUUAGCAUAGGCACCUGGGUGUAAUCUGUUCCACUACUAUCUGGGGAAGCCUAGCAUGCCUAUGUGAACGGCAUUUAGAUAUUUCCUCGGGAAAUUCGUUCACUUCUAGACUACAGUAACGGGAGAGAACUUCCCAAGGAAAGAUCUAUAUGCCGUUCAUCUAGACAUGCAAAAAGGCAUCUUGACUUUUUGCAAAAAGAGGGGUCUGUAACUUGCACACACAUGCAAAUCUGGAGGAUAAGUAUCAGCGGCUACAAGUUUUGAUAGCUAUCUUGAUUCAAAGGCAGUAUGUCUCGUAUUAUCAGUUGAUGGAGGAGAGCUAUGGCUCUCAUGUCCUACUUUGUGAAACAGGAUUCUGGAGCACUUUGUCUGAUACAACAAGGGUCUUUUUAGUUUUCAUUUUACAAGUAAAAGCUUGUAUAUCAAUAUAUAUUGAGGGAGAAUAUUUAUUGCAGCAUAGCUGUUAACUGAAUAUAGUUGUUGUUUUUCCUUGUAGGGGAACAGUGGCCUCAAACCAAAGGAGAAUGAAGUCACAUCCAAACCCUGGCACUGGCCUAUCAAUUACCAAGUAUGUGGGCAAAACAAAUUCUGAGGCACUGUAACUUGUUUAACUUUAUGUUGUAUCUCAUUGUUUUCAAGGUGACAUUGUGAAGAGCUGAUCUUCAAUUGUAUCUGGGAAUUUUUUGGAAGGCUUGCUUUAAAUGGCUUUUGCAGAAGACCAAUUCUGAUUUGCCCUCCCGUGGUUUUUGCUGCUAAGGAACGACAUGUUAAAUAACCAUUGGCUCCCAGACAACAGGGGCUGCUGCUGUGCGACUAUCGGAACAGCAAAGACAGAAAUAGUUCCUCAUAUAAUUAUGAGGUUUGAUUAUAGACGCUACACUAUUGCUACUCUGUUUAUUCCAAUUUAUUGCCCACUCUUUGCAGGUUGCAACAAUUAAAACACAGUUUAAAACAGUAUUAGUACAACUUUAAAAAUCACAUCUCAAAUGUCAAAGGCCAGGGUAAAGAGGUGUGUCUUCAGCAUUUGCAGAAAACUGCAUAAUGAAGUUGUCAGACUCACCUCUAUGGAGAGGGAGUUCAGCAGGAUAGGGGAGUGCCACAGAUAAUGCCCUUGCCUGGGCCACCUCUCCCCCAAAGCUUUUGAGGGUGGCGGAACUCCCAAAAGGGUCUCCUCUGCCAAUCUUAGCACCCAAGAGGAUCUGUCGGGAGGCGUCUUUCAAAUUUUUUGGGCCUGGGACAUUCAGGGCUUUAAACACUAUUGUGGGUUUUAAAUGUAGGGCUUUAAACGCUAUUGCAUCGGAGACACUUCUCUGUCUUUUAAUGGAGGAUGCCUAUGGAAAUCUUUGAUCUUAAUGGAUUUUUAUUGCUUGUUUUUUCCCAUGCCAAGUUACAACAUAAGAUAAAAAUAAAACAAAACAUUAAUUAGAAAACUAAAACAAAGGGGGGGGGGGAGAAAAGAAAAAAGAAAGAAAAACAAACAAGAAAAACAAUGACUAUAACAAAACAUAACCAAACAUACAUACAUACAUUUUGACUUCCUUCCAUCCUUUAGCGACUUCACAUUUUCAAUUUUUCUUUUUCGUUCUAUUGUAUGCAUAUGUACAUUUAUUACUUCUGGUUUUUUACCUUUCAUAACUUAUUUUUUUCUUUUCCUUACGCCUGCAAACUUCAUUUGUCACAGAUCAAUAUAUUUAUUCCAGAACAAUGUUUUUUCAUAUACUCUUUAACACAGUCCCAUUCUUUUAUUAAUUUUUGGUCUGAUUGUCCUCUUAAGACUGCCAUUAAUCUUGCAAAGUAUGUAUGCACAUGGUUUGAUUUGCCACUCUCUUACUGAUGGAAUCCCCCCCCCCCUUUCCAAUUUGCAGCUAUAUAGGAAUACUUUCUUUUUAUCACCAGGAAUAUCAUUUGUAAUUAAGCCUAGAAAAAAUGCUUCUGGCUUUUUAAUAAAGGCUAUUUUAAACGUUUUUUAAAAUUUCCUCAUAUAUAUUAUUCCAAAAUUGUUUGAUAAGUCCACACUCCCACCACAUACGAUACAUUGUUCCGGUUUGUUUCUUACACAGAUGUUUAUUGUUAUGGAAACCUCAAGCUUAAGGCAAAAUGUAGACUGAAAAAACCUGUGUUGAUCACAUACUGAUGGUGGCCAUCAAUUUCUCCACAGGGCCUUCGUUUUUCUGGAGUCAAUGAAACAGACUACAGGGUUUAUUUGCUGGGAAAUCCGGUAAGGAGAAUAUGGUUUUCAUUCCCCUAGGUGGGAUGAGGGAAUUUGGCUUCCCUCCCUUCCCUCCAGAUAGGUCCUCUCAUUCCCCUCCCUGUAGUUUUAUGGUGCCUUUUGUGCAUCUUUGUCUACUUGCAAGGCUUUCCCUCACAGGUGAUCUGGUGGCUGAACCUAAUUACUCUUGGAUUGUAUAUCACAAUGGCAAUAUUCGUUUCUGUGGCCAUGAAGAGGGGAGUUCGGCUAAAAGCUGAGCACAAAGGUAAAGUAAAUUUCCUACUUUCUGGGUCUAUAACCUUCUCUUCUGUUUUAUAAUCACUAUGGCUUCCUGCUGCAUAUCUACUUCCACUAUCCAUGAGAGGACACUGAGUGCAGUAUCAAAGGAAUCAUGAUAGCAAUGGGUGGAGUGCAACAGGAAUGGAAGACUUCGGGCUUUCAGAUUUCAGCAGCAGCUCCCCUACCUCUUACUUUCCAUUUUAGUCCUUGUUGCGAUGCUCCCUGUGGUGCCCUCUCAGCUUGGCACCCAGUGCAGACGAACCACCAUGCACCCCUAAAUCUGCCUCUGGUAACAGCUCACAAAGGUGAAUUUGCUGGAUUUCGGCCUAGUUUUUAAAGAGACGUUCUGGUCCUUUCUAAUUGCAGGAGGCAACUUAAAAGGAGAAAGUCCAUGUAGUAAAUGCUAGACCACAUUCCCUUCAGUAAAAGUUUUUUAUUUGUGCAUGUGGAGCAGGGAGAUGAUUAGUGUUGAUCAAGCAAAGAAAAUCCAAGGAACUUGAAGUUGAAAAGCUACUGUUACUGCUCUAAGGUUCUCAUGACAAGGAAAAUAGCCUGAGAGAGCAAUUCCUUCUCAGACUUCAUAUUCUUGGAAAUUCUUGAAAAUUCCUGAUUGGGACUAUUCUUUUUGGGUUUUACUGUCUUCCUGACAGCUGAAGGAUAGUCAUCUACUGGGUCUUUGAGAGUUGUCAGCUGCUGCUUAUUUCAUUUAUUGGCUUCUCUGUUGCACAGUGAUAUUGUUAAUGUUUCAUUGUCUAGUAGUGACAAAAGUUAUGGAAAGCCACAUUCUGAGGGUCUUAAUCAGAAUGCUCUCUUUAAACUGUUUGGAGCUUCUUGGCAAGGUGACUGUCCAUAACACCUUCUUUGUUUCUGCAUGGAAUUGUGAUAUCAGAUGAGGAAACAGCUCUCUUACCUCGUUUUCUUAAUCUCUGCUGGUUUGGAGCUACAGCAAUUGCUAACAUACAUGCUGGAAUUAGAUCUGGUUAUUUACAGUGUAGCCGGGUUGGCUUGUCGGGAACACAUUGCACUGGGCAUGCAGCAGUAGUAAUAUUUUCUCCUAGACUCUAAACUGGUGGAGUAAAAACACACAGAAUUGUAUCCAACCAAGUUAUCGCAUUCAUGCAAGGAUUUCCAACUGAACUCCUCCCCGCUGCCUGCCCUGCAAUCUGUUCUGGGUUCCCCCCGCAACCCUCUGGAGCAGAUUUUUGGGAGGUGGGAGGACACAGGGAGAAGGAGGGGAAGUUUCGUUGCACAAUCAGAAGUCCUUGUACAACUGGAACAACUUUUUUGGGUAGAAACCAAACACUUUGAUAAACUCCAUAAAACUAGAUUUCUGCUGGAAGCUUUGUGAACACAUGUUUAUACAGCUUAGGAUAAAAAGAAUUCAAGAAAUGUGUUCUGUUGCAGAGCUUUCUCGAGUCCUGCUACAUAGCGGAGGAAGGAUUAUGCUAGGAUGGGUCCUCCAUUACUUUCCCUUCUUCAUGAUGGGCAGAGUGCUCUAUUUUCAUCAUUACUUUCCUGCCAUGCUUUUCUCCUCUAUGUUGACAGGUAAGUUUAAUCAAGUUUCAACAGAAUCGAAAUGUUGUGACCGAUUAAGAAUUCUGAAAGGACACAAAUGUAAAAGAUCAUUGUCACAUAGUUGGUUUAGGGUUGAUGUUUUGAAAGUUUCUUCAGUGCACUGUAUCUUGAUCAGCAGCAAGAUCAGUUUGGCCUGCCCUUUGAUCUGGGAGACUUGGGUUCAAAAGUCAGUUCUUAUGGGGUAGCCUUGGGCAGCUUAUUCUCCAAUUCUUGUCAGUUCUGUCCCUUUCGAUAUGAACAUAAGAAUGACCUACCCAGAGGGUUUUUAUGACAAUCUGUGUGGUAAAGAUUACAUUCUACUGCCACAAGUGCUGUAGAAAUCACCUGUAUUUUAUAGCAUUCUUUGUUUUGCUUCUUAUGUUAAAGGUAUCAGCUAGUGGGAAAAAAGUAAUUUCAUCCAGAAAUACACGCCUGCUGGCCACUGUCUAGCAUAAUCAUCAAUGUUUCUAUAUUAGCUUGAAGAUUCUUUUCUGAAAGAAAGGAAAAUUAAGUUACGGAUAUUAGAAUCAAUAUAGCCAUGAGAAAUUCAAGAUGAGUGAUUUUUUAUCUUAUGCUUUUUUUCAAUAGGGACUAACUUGCAUGAUUAACUUGCCUGGUAAAAUAAAGAAUAUUAGCUUUCUGCCACUGGAAAACUCCAUCUGAUUGAAAUAGAAUUGAUUUAUCUUGGGGAGAUGGGUUGAUCCUGGGCAGUGACUAUACAUAUUGAUGUGAUUACUGAUACAAUGGUACCUUGGUUUUUGAAUGUCUCCGUUGACGAACAUUUCAGUUUUUGAAUGCUGUAAACCUGGAAGUAAAUGCUUCAGUUUUCAAACACGCCUUAGAAGUCAAACAUACCAUGCAGCUUCCACUGAGUGCAAGAUCCCGGGGCCUAGCUUUCGGCUAUUGAGUUUUCGGUUUUCGAACGUUUCAGAACUCGAAUGGUCUUCUGGAACGGAUUACGUUCUAAAACCAAGGUACCACUGUGCUUUCUAGUUUCAGUUAACCUGGCCCAAUCUUCCUUUUUCUCUUUCUCCCUCAGGGAUUACAUGGGAUGUAUUUCUGAAAUUUUGUGCUGGUGCUCUGUCAGCCAGCAUCCAGUCUAGGAAGGUUUACAAUUAUGGGAUAAUGGUGCUGAUUCUGCUUAGUAUCUACAGGUGAGAAUUGGUUCCUGAAUAGUUAACACACAUUGAAGGUUAUUUUUGAGGGGAAAGGCCUUGCAUCAUUACCAAACCCUGAAAAAUGCUGACAAGUAAGCAGGAAACCAUGUAGGGAAGCUCCUACAAGACUGUUUCCUUGUGUGGCCCAUUUUGUUGUCACCUUAACGGUUCUUGAUAUUGACUAAUGCUAACAUUCAGCCAUUGCCCUCUUCAGAAACUGCCUCUCCUGAAGCAGCAGCAAUCUUAGUUAGCAGCUUCAUACUGGCUCAGGUGCAUCUCUCAUUGCAACGUCCCAGGGCAAAGAUGAAGCAAGCUUUUCUUUCACAAUUUCCUGUCCCCUUUGACUGCAGAGCUUAGUGUUAUGAGCUUAUCUUAUGUCCUCCAUUUGGUUCGACCCUCUAAUAUGUGUCAAAGAACUUUGAUCUGCCUUGCAAGUUUGCCACCGCCAAAACAAUUGAAUAUUUCAGGGUUUCUCAGUGGUAUAUUAAGUAGCUCUACACCUUAUAACUACUUCACCCAAUUAUGUGCUCUACUGUUGUGACGUUGGGUCUCCACGAAUUUGAUUCAUGUUUAGAUUUUUUCCACAGCUUCUACCUCUUCCACCCUCUCUCCUAUGGAAUGAUAGGACCUCUGGCUUCUGAUCUCAACAGCCCAAUGGCAGGGCUUAGGUGGCUGGAAACAUGGGAGUUCUAGAUACAGCCUGGGGGGGAAAGGGAAUAAACAAGAAGACAAGUGGUGAAACCCACUGCACAAGAGCUGUGAAGGAUUGUUUCCCCAACAGCAUUUCGGCGCUGAAGCAGUGGACUGUCAACCUUGAGGUCUGAGAAGAGGAGGCGGCAACUAUGAAGGAGAACCUCUCUGUGGGUCCUAGAGCCCCAUUUACUUGAACCUGCUGCUACUUAAAAGUUUGAACCAUCCAAGCAAUAUGUUAACUGUCCCACAGCCAUUGGCUCCACAGUGGUGUCAUUUUGUGUGAGUUGGAGGACGUGUGUGUUUUGCAAGGGUAUCUCUCAUGUCUGCCUGUCUCUGCUCAUAAGGGAUUUAACAGAGCUCAGGAAAGAUCAAGUGCGUGUAACAGAGGAAACAGUCUUCUGAGACCACGAUAGUUAAUAUCCAAUAACUUCUUUUUUCAUGAACUUAAAAGUAUUUGUGUACAUAUGGUACGUGUUCCUGGGAGAGUCUUGUGACUGCUUUUCUAAGUUCAGGAACUUGGACAUAAAGCAUAAAGCUUUCUGCGAUCCAGUGCUCUGUCUGCCCGUCACACAAAAGGCAAUGAGUUGUUUUUGCAUAAAGCCUUUGCUGUCUGAGCACAGACACCCAUUCAGAAUAGCCUUUAACCGUUACCUGGAAGAUCUCAUGCAGAAAUGAAGCUGCAGCAUUCCAUUCAUCGGAUUAUCCUUUUGUUUAAGAAGCUCCAAAGCAGAGAAAGAUGUUUUUAUUAUUAUUAUUUAGGUUUCCUGCCCUAAAUUCCUCUGACAGUGAGGAAUGGUGCCUUUGAGUGAGUGUGUGUGUGCAUGUGCAUGCAUGCGUGCUAGAAGUUGAAUACAUAAUGUUAAAGCUUGUGCUGAGAGCUGUGAUGUCACUCAUUCUACUAAUUCAGUUGCCUACUAACACUUCUUCCUGUGGGGAAGCUUGUAUCUCUUUAAUGAAUGUAGAGUGUGCAGAACAUGCUUCUAACUGCUGUGGUACAGGAAUGUUGAUUUUUUUUUAUAUAAAUGCAUGUGGUGUUUUUUUUAAGGAGGAAUUAACCUCUGUGUCAUAUGCUAUCAAAAAAGGGAGGGAUGUAGCUUGAUAAGCAGAAUAGAGCUCUUCAGUUGCUUAGUGGGAAUCCACUUCUGCAGCAAUGUGAGCAAAGUUUGACAAAAAGGUUGAGCAAGGCGUUCCCCUGCAAAACGUUCUUUUAAUUCCAUCUCUUGUUCUCUGGAGCAAAUUCGGCCUUGGCUUCUGUUAAAUUGGUCCCCUGAAGCCUUCUUUUGUACAUGACACAGAAAUUGAGGCCACCCAGUAAUUCAUUUUAGUGUCUGUGUUAAAGCUUGAAGCCUGCCACUUCCUAUCCCUCUGUGCCAUCAUCAAAGGGCUAUCUCUGUUGGCAUGGAGACGAUAUGCCAACAUUCCCAGGAGAGGCUGGAUGAGGCAUGUCAGGCUGCCAGGUCCAUUAAGAAGGGAAACACAAGACUGAUUUAGCUGGUCUGGCUUAACUAGUUUAAGACUGUCGUGACCAGCCUUUUCGUUAGCAGAGAUGAUGAUGGGUUCCAGCCUUUGAUUUUAACUCACUUGUUGACAACUGGUGGAAAUUGCUGAAAUGAGUUACUGGUUUUGAUAUUAUUACCGUUUCCUGUGGCAGGAAAUACUCUCAUGUGGCUGACCUGACUCCUCAGAUAUUAUAUAUAGAAAAGAAGGGAAGUCACGAAAACUUCCCAUUAUUCUGCAUCUUUGUUGCUGGGAGAAACAGUAGAUUGUAAGUACAAUAGAAUAUAAGGAGUAACAAUACAGUUGAUAAUCAUAGAAAAGCAAUAAGAUAGCCAGCUGUUACUAAGAGGACUUGGCUGUCUUGUAUUUCACGAAGCACUUGAGUGUUACUCUUGACUAGAUUUCCCUGAGGUUAGGUCCCAUCAUGUAGUCACUGAACUAUUCAAUUUUGCCUUUAUUAGUGGAUUCCAUGUUAUAGUACUUUUCUACAGCAGUUAAAUAUUAGCAACCGCUGUUGCUUUUCAGAGGAGGGAAACCCAUUUCUUUCCCCACCCCCUGAGAUCAAGAGAUAUUGAUCAAGAUAAUAUUUCUACUACUUAAUUCAAUUAUUCAGCAAGGCUGUCUAUACAUUUCAUCCUUGGAUUCUGCAGUACUCCAGUGGGUGACUGUUUAUUGUCGCCUUCCCUUGCAUUCUGAGAAAUCUCACAUCCCAACAUACACCUGUAUACCUACACUACGAGUGCUGUCCCUAGCUGAAAGAUGCUGCUGUCUUGAGCAGCUAAUUCUUUUGAAGUUUUUCUGACAGGACUGCUUUCCACAGUAGAAGGGGAUCAUAGAUACUAAACAUAUAGAAUCAGAAUCUUUAAAAAGGUCAACAAGUGUCAGGCUUGCCAUUCCUAUUAGCUGUCACUCUAUGGUACUGGUCUUCCAAUACUAUCUAGCUCUAUGUCACUCUAUGACAUAGAGCUUUCUAGCGUUGGAAGAGUAGCACCAAUAUAAGUAAGCAAAUAAGUAGGUUCUGUGGGCAAGAUCUGUGGUCUGGAGUUGUUUUCAGUGAAUGUGCCUUAGCUGGGCAGCAGUUAUGACUUCACUGUGGACAAGUGGCCUUCCAUUUGAUCAAUGGUGUUGAUAGGUGUUGAUGUCUCUAACCCAUUAGUGUCUUUUCACAAAUUAGUUCAUGGCUUGUAAAAGGGCUUUCGUAGCUUAGCAACUCACCUAUUCCAUCACAGUUCUAAUGAACGACCCCCAUUUUUUCUUCUUUAAAAACUCCAAAGUAUUUGACUCAAAACAGGGUAUUGAUCAGAUUAUGUGUUUUCUUGAGUGCAAAAUAUCCCUGUAGAAGGCAGACCUCAGUGGCUCUACAGAUAUCAUUCAUUAUGUUUGAAGGGUAAUAACAUUUAUAGGAUCAAGUGUGCAUUUAUAGGAUCAUUGACUUCUCUACCAAUGGCUGCAUCUACAUGGCCUAGACUCCAGAUCCAGUAAUCAGAACUGCCUCCCCUUCCCCCUCCUCCAGUGGUCUUACUGGCACCCAGAUAAUUCUGUUGUGAUGGAAUAUGUGCCUAAAUAAAACUUGUGUCUUGGACAGUUUUUUUCCUUCCAUAUUAGUGUAGGACUAACAAGUAUUAUUCUACAGUAUUCCUUCUAGGAAGGAAGGAAUAAAAAUCAGCAAUAAAAAAUUUCUGAUGUUCUUCUUGUGGAAUGACACUAUGAUAGCUCAUUCCUCGGCAAGUACUGUGUUCUGUAUUGGUUUCUCGUUCUGUGUAUUAUGGUCAAGAACCCCAUGUCCAGAGUGCGGGAUAUAACGUUUGUCAGAAACUGCAAAUUUUAUUUACAUAGAGUCCUAAGUGGUAGGUAAGUAGAACUGAACUACUCAUUCAGAAACACUGGCCAGCCCAUCUUGAAUUGUACCACUUCAAACUGAAAAUGGAGGAUCAAUCACAUGUUUAAAUGUUUCUUUACUUAAAAACAAGCAACCUUUCACAUAUACAGCUAGCAUAUCAGGUAGGCCUGGCUAGAACCCUUCUAUAUGACAUGGGAGCUUUUUGCAGGCAGGAAGUUCCUGGAGUGGAAGAGCAUUUGUGCCACCCAUCACCUCUGCCCUGAAGUGAGGACCGCGCCACAUAGUGCUCCUGAAUCUGUAGUUCAUCUCUUAAUGCGAUUGCUUUGAAGGAGUGAUUUGGUCUCUGCCCUGGGCAUCUGUGUGUCUGUAGUGUCUGAUGUAGUUAUCUACUGCUCCUGGGCAGCUUCCUGCAUUACGAAUUUGUCUUACUAAUGCUGCUGAUGUUGAAGUGUGUGUUUGUGUGUUGUAUGUGUCUUUUGUACAUUAUCACCAUCUACGCAUUUCAAACUGAACCUACUUCAGUGCACUGCCAUGUAAUGGUACUAAAUGGAAGGAUAACUUGCCUUUGGACUGGCACUGGCUUUUGUAAAGGGAUUGACUGUAAAUGGGAUAGAAUUUCCAUCAUACUUUUGUAAUAAAUAGCCUUUCUUUCCAGUGUCUUGUUGAUUGCUGAUUGUUAUUAUUUUUCCUACUUCAGCCGUUAGGAUCAGCCUGAAGCGAUACGGACUAGAUUAGUGCAGAAAACACUAAUGCCACAGCUCAUGGCCAUGCUUGCUUUUCCUGAGUUCCACCAGCAGGAAUUUACCUCUCCACUCUUUGGAUUAAAGAAUGUACACAUAUAGGAUGAAGAGUUGAGGAGUGGGGAAAUAUGUUUGUACACACAGAUCCUGUGGCAGUGGUUUGCCAUGCUUUGGUGGAGUCUCUUUGAUUCCUGCCACUUCUUACUGGUGUUCACUGGCCAAAGUUUGAUACCGAAGGUCAACAGUAGCCUUUUUGAUCUACAGUGGAGUUUCUCAUGAUCCCAUUGUUGGCACUUAGUUGCUAUGAAAAUACAGGUCUUGAUCCAUUUGGGAAGACAGUAGUCUGUUUGUUGAACUCUUUUUCUGUUGCUUAUUGCCCUUAUUACAGCAUCAAAUGGAUUCUCAAAAUCAAAAGGGUGUUGCACAUAUUAUAAAAUGCAGGUGCGUGCAAAUUGAGACCCUUGCUGUAGAACAGCAAGUUCAAAACAAGAAUAACACUGAUAUAAUGAGGUAAUCUGACUGUUGUGCAUCCAGCUGAGGAACCAAGCUGAGAGCUUGGAAUAGUUGGCAGAGUAAUAUUCCAUAUGUCAGAGCAAUAAAGAGGGCUAUUGCAAUAUAGGCUUAUAGUGAGAAACUUCAUUAUAAAUUAUUUAAUUACUCACUCCAGAGGGAAAGUGAUAGGAUCAUUUUAAAAAAUACAUUGUAUAUUGGCAAACUCAGUGAUGGCUCUAAUUUGUUCUACCCCCCCACACUUGCCCUUUUUGUUAAUGGUAAAACCACUGGUAUGAUUGCCUAGAAAAUCUGCUUUUCAGUGCCAGUGAAUAUAUGCUUAUAGGCUAGCAAUUCAGAAACAGUGCCGCUAAUGUUACCUUAACCAGCUGGUUUGUUAAAUAGCCAUCUUCUAAAGCUUGAAUGGCUUUUAGAAUCUAAUGGUUUGUGUGAAAUAAAUCAAGAUUCAUCCAAAUUCUGAAUGAGCAUAUCCAAAGACCACAGGAAGUUGGAAGUAAUCAGCUCUCUUGUUUGACAUUUUCCACAAGGAUGCCAAUAGUGUCAAUUUAGCAAGGUGCUGAAUGCUUUUCCUCUCGUUUCCCUCUACCUCUUGUUGAGUUGGUGGAGGAAUUCAGGUGAGAUGGAAAGGAAUACAGUGGUACCUCGCAAGACGAAUGCCUCGCAAGACGAAAAACGCGCAAGACGAAAGAGUUUUCCGUUUUUUGAGUCGUUCCGCAAGACGAAUUUCCCUAUGGGCUUGCUUCGCCUUGCGAGUUCUUGCGAGUUUGUUUCCUUUUUCUUAAAGCCGCUAAGCCGCUAAUAGCCGUGCUUCGCAAGAUAAAAAAACCGCAAGACGAAGAGACUCGCGGAACGGAUUAAUUUCGUCUUGCGAGGCACCACUGUAAUAUAAAGAUGUUCAUUAUGCUACAAUGAUGAGUUGGAGUAAGCUGAAGGCGUAGAAAUGUCUAGUGCAAGCCAAUAGAAGGCAGGCAAUAGCAUCUGACUUGGAGCUAGCUAGCUAGUUUAUUUGUUUAAGACCUUUUUAUGCAUCCCUUCAUAUUGGAUUUCAGGACAGUGAACAGCAUAGAGCAGAUCCAGAGGGGAAAAACAAAAAGAGGAGACUAAACAUUAGUGCAUACUAACACUUGCUUGAUUAAAUUUAUAAAAUAUGUCAGUAUGCCUAACUAAUAAAAAAAAAAAUGUGUUUGCUUGGAGCUAAAUGACAGCAUCAUUGAAGCCAGGCAAACUUAUUUGGGGGUCCUACUACUGUGAGAGCCUUUGUUUUUGCACCUCUUGGAGGACGUAUAUGGAGAUGGACUUUGGCAGAUGCUAUUUAAUACCAGGCAGGUUGAUAUGGGAGUAGAUGCUCCUUCAGGUACUUGGGUUCCAAGCCAUUUAGAGCUUUAAAGGUAAGAACCAGCCCCUUGAAUUAAGCCUGGAAGUGAACAGGCUGCCAAUUAAACUUUCUAAAUCGGUGUAGUUUGGGUGGACCAGGUUUGGGUGGGCAGACACAAUUUUGGUAGCUGUGUUCUGUACUAACUGAAACUUCUGAACCGUCCUCAAGGACAGCUGUAUGUAAUUCAUUAAGGAAAUGGAUACAUGAUUACACGAGACUCUGUGUCUAAGAGUGGUUGCAGCUGGCAAACCAGCAGUAGCUGAUAAAAGGGACUCCAUGGUAGCAGGCAACCAUCAUUUUUACAGCAUUAUUGGACUUUGCUAAAAUAGAGACAUACAGCUGCGUGUCAUUGGCAUACUGGCUGAACUUAACUCUUACAUCCUGGAAUAAGCUCACCCAGUAGUUUCAUAUAGUCAUUCAAACGCGGGGAUAGGCGGGAACACUAUGGGAUCCCUUUGCACAAGGGGUUGAGAAGAACCAUCCCAAUGCCACUUCCCAGAGCCCCAUUUGCAGUAGGAAGGGAACUGCUGAGCCUUCCAUUCCCAACUCACAGAGCUGGUGCGGAAGGAUGUCAGGGCUGAAGCUAUCAAAAGCUGUGAAGAGAUCAAGGAGGGUCAACAGGGUUGUGCUCCCGCUGUCUCUCAUCAGAAGUUAGCCACUGGCAAAAAAAUUGAUCCAUUUUUGUUUUUCCUUACCAGACAGGAAUUCACAGCAGUACCCGGAAGAAAGACAAGAAUGGUCUUCAGAUACCAAAUGGCAAGGAGCGUCCAUCCCAUUUUUGUUCCUUUCUGCUACAGGAAUUGA